GAACCGUCUAGCAAGUUUCAACCGGGCGAGAUAUUCAAAAUCCAUUGGCCGGAGACUCAAGGCGCCAGCUCUGAAGAUACUUCAAGUGAAUCCAGCAAAUACGAAGUCCAAAGCCGGGUUGGAACCAGGUGUGUUAUUGGCUUUAAAAGCUUUAUUGUGAUAGCAAGCGAUCUAGGCCGCUGCACCUGUGUGCAAAUCUUAACGUAUGGCGGCAACGGCUGUACAAAGAAAGGUGUUAACCCUAACGAACAUGGUAUUAUUCAUGAGCGCGGCAGCAAACCGCAACUACUUGAUAAUGAACCAAAGCUAGGGUUUCCUCCGGUUAGGGUCGACAUAAAAGAAGAGGGCGAGAAGCUCUCAAAAGAAUCCCGUGUCAAUUACUCUAGGCUAGUAACAGUGGAACACAACAUUAAGGUGUUCUUUAUUGGAUCAAUAGUGUACAAUGACUGGGAACUCGUUAGCGACGCGGUAAACCACUACUGGAAUAAAAAAAACCAG